AUGGAAGAACAAGACGUGCACUUCAGACAUAUUUUAUUGUAUUACUUCCUUAAAGGCAAGAACGCAUCGCAAGCACAAAAGAAGUUAUGUGCCAUAUAUGGAAAUGAAGCCUUGAAAGAAAGGCAGUGUCAAAAUUGGUUUGCCAGAUUUCGUUCUGGUAAUUUUUCACUGAAAAAUGCUCAACGAUCUGGCCGUCCAGUUGAAGUCGAUGAGAUCCAUAUCAAGGCCAUUAUCGAUUCAGAUCGUCAUAGUACAACACGUGAUAUUGCGGAGAAGAUCCCUCAUCAGCUUAAGGAAAUUCAUUUGACGCAACACAUUAGCAUCUGCGAUUCGCUUCUGAAACGUAACGAAACUGAUCCAUUUCUGAAAAGCCUAAUUACUGGCGACGAAAAGUGGAUAGUUUAUAACAACGUUAGUUGGAAGAAAUCGUGGGUCAUGAAAGAUGAACCAGCCCAAACGACAUCAAAAGCAGAGAUUCACCAAAAAAAGAUUAUGCUGUCAGUCUGA